CGGAAGUUCUUACCAAGCGGCUGCUCUGUGAGACUUAAAACUAGUAUUAACCGACCACAGGUGUUAUUAUUAAAUAUAUUUAUGGUUAAAUGAAGCUGUGUGUAGUAUUUUGAUAUUAUGAGCUGUGCUCUGACGCUACUGUUGGUUUCACAGGCUGCGUUUUAUAAUGUAAAACUGACGUUAGCAGUGUGAUGCUAACUUUAGCUGAGGAGCAGGACUAGCGACAACAACAUGGCCCAAAUUUCUCCUCCCGGGUCAGUCGUUGUAGAUGACUGGCACCGAAGUAAAGACAGCAAAGAGUAUUUCAGCAAAAUACUACACAAGAAGAGGCGCAAACACUUCGGCUUGUUGGAGUCUCCAGUGAUGCCCCCACAUGUAGCCGUGGACACAGUUCACUACAAGAUCUUCCUCUCUGGCAAGAGUGGAGUCGGUAAAACUGCUCUUGCUGCACGUCUCGCAGGCCUGAAUGUUCCUAACAUGCACUAUGAAACCACAGGUAUUGAGACGACGGUAGUGUAUUGGCCAGUGAAGCUGAGAGAAAGUGGCAGAGUGCUGUUUUUCCGUCUGCAGCUGUGGGACUGUGGAGAAAAUGCCUUACGCAGAUUUGACCAUUUGCUACCAGCCUGUAAGGAGCAGGUGGACGCUGUCCUUUUCCUGUUCUCCUUCACUGACAGGACGUCCUUCGAUGAUCUGUCGAAUCAAAUUACCAAAUGGACUGAGACGUCUGCGGGUCAUGUUGUGAAACUGGUGGUCGGCACCAAAUUUGACCUUUUCAUGCACUGUGAUGUGGCACAGAGAGACGUGAGGGACUUCCAGGAGAGGUGGAGCUUACCGCUGCUGUGUGUGGGCGGGGAGGUCAGUGACGGGCUGGGUGACGUAGCCCCCCUCCUCAACUGCCUGGCGGAGAACCUGUGGCAUCAGGAUUGUGUUACAGCUGCAUCAGCCAGCCACCAUUCACAGCAGGAGACAGUGACUAUACUUUAAUACUGAACAGAAUUUUAAGAGUAAGUUGAGGUGAAGUGGAGGUCCAGGUAGGGUCACCCCUGGGUGCCUUUGAGAGAUCGCACUUGUUGAUUUGGGGGAGAUUCAGAUCCCUCAGGAGGAGAUGGAGGAAGCUGCUGUUUUUUUUUUCAAUGUUCUACAUGUAUUUGAGUGCCUGUAUUUAAGCACAUACUGAAUUUUUUUCACUCAUGUAUUAGACAGCACUGCUCCUCUUGAUUGUAUUAUCCCUGGCAUAUUUGGGACAGAUUUUCACCGAUUUCUGUCAACAUUGUUUGCUCAGAGGUAUUGUGCUAAAUAUUUUGUCAGUAUUUCACAGUGAGAUCAGCAGCUGUUCAGUCAAGUUCUCUUGUUACCUUCAUUUCUCAGCUGAGGCAUUUCCGUGUCAUCAGGCAGAUCUGAAAAGGUCUGAAUUAUUUUUAUUAAUAAAAAACAUAGCAUUACUUAAAAAAGGACAAAAUUUUAAUACAGGUGAAAAAAGCUAUUUCCAAUAAUAAUAAUAAUAAUAAUAAUAAUAAUAAUAAUAAUAAUAAUAAUAAUAA